AUGCUUGUCUUUGUAGCCCUUGACCAGCAGAUGCUGCACCAUGUUGCUGUUGGUAAAGCAUAUCAGUGUGAUGUGGUGUUGAGAUUGGCUGUGGCCCAUAUGCAACCUGCAUUAGUUGUUGAGGCCCAGGGGUCCACUGAAUGGCUGUUGAAGCAGCUGAUAGUAGGUGCAGCAAGUGUGGCAGGCUGGCCAUUGUGUGCAGCAGGCAAGGGCCCAUUGGCAUUUCCAACUCCAUGUGCCAAGUAUGUCGACUGCUUUGAAUGGGGCUUGGCGUUACUGCUGUUCAUGAAUGACACACGGCCAGUCUUAUGGAACGGUGGAAUCUUGCUAGGGUGGUUGGUCAGAGAAAGUGUUGAUUUGCUGCUAGUGUUUGCAUUUACUGCCAUUAUUCCUAGCACACUGCCUAGGCUACUAAGAGCGAAAAACGCCAAUUUGUCUCUGUCGUCCAGAUGGCCCCGCGGGCUUCCUGUCAAUGUGGGUGUCCUGAAUAAUAAUAUUGAGUGCGUGGCUAUGACCAGAUACCGUGAAUGUUGA